ACAUAACGAAAGUGAAAAUCUUUUAUUCCCCUGGCCUUCCUGUUCCUUAUUGUCUCAGCAGAAGUUAUAUAAAGGUGCAGUAAGUCCCCGACAGCUUCUCCUUCUUCUAGUGACAGCAGGUGAAGACGGCGGCUCAUACCUUCUGACUGUAUUAAGGAUGAAGUCCUGGACGUGUGUUUUAUUGGCGACCUUUGCAGCUGCAUCCGUGAAUGCGUCCAUAGACCCUGCACUGGAUAACCACUGGAAAUUAUGGAAAUUCACAUAUAGCAAAAAAUACGAGCAUGAGAGAGAAGAUUCCAUGAGGAGAAUAAUAUGGGAAAAGAAUUUAAAGUUCGUCACAUUACAUAACCUGGAGCAUGAACUGGGGGUUCAUUCAUACUCUGUGGGCAUGAACCAUCUUGCAGAUAUGACCAGUGAGGAGGUAGAAGCCCAGCUAACUGGUUUAAUAUUACCUCCUCGUGACGAGAGGGAGAGCUAUCUGAGUAACACAAGAAACAUUACCAAAAACACUAACCUGCCGGACUCUAUAGAUUGGAGGGUAAAAGGAUGUGUCACAGAGGUCAAAAACCAGGGUUCCUGUGGAUCCUGCUGGGCAUUCAGUGCUGUCGGUGCCCUGGAGGGACAGAUGAAGUUGAAGACUGGAAAUCUGGUUUCCCUCAGUCCUCAGAAUCUUGUAGAUUGUUCAACUAAGUACGGAAAUAAAGGAUGUAACGGGGGUUUUAUGACCCAAGCUUUUCAAUAUGUUAUAGAUAACAAUGGCAUUGAUUCCGAUUCGUCAUACCCUUAUCACGCUACGGAUGGAAAAUGCAAAUAUAACCCAUCUACCAAAGCAGCUUCAUGUACAAAGUACACAGAGGUGGAACCAGGAACUGAAGAGAAUCUGAAGCAAGUCGUAGCCACUGUUGGUCCAGUAUCUGUGGCAAUUGAUGCCAGGCAUCCAGCAUUUUAUUUAUACAAAGAUGGUGUCUAUGAUGAUGCGUCGUGCACUCAAAAUGUCAACCAUGGAGUUCUUGCUGUGGGAUACGGAAACCUUAAUGGGAAAGACUACUGGCUUGUAAAAAACAGUUGGGGACAGAAUUAUGGACUUAAAGGCUACAUUCUUAUCGCAAGAAACAAGGGCAAUAUGUGCGGCAUUGCAAGUUAUGCAUCCUACCCUGAAAUGUGAACUGGCAUGGACUGCAAGAUGUAGCUGAAGAAGUGCAGAUGCUUUAAAGGGGUUCUCCGGUGCUUACACAUCUUUUCCCCUAUCCAAAGGAUAGGGGAUAAGAUGCCUGAUCUCGGGAGGCGACCACCGGGCCGGCGACGUGUGACGUCACGCCUCCGCCUCUCAAUGCAAGCCUAUGGGAGGGGGCGUGACAGCUAUCACGCCCCCUCCCGUAGGCUUGCAUUGAGGGGCGGAGCGUGACGUCACACGGGGGCGGAGGUGUGUCAUCAUACGCCGCCGGCCCGGUGGUCGCCUGUAAUCAGGAUGAACACGCUCUGGGGACUGAUGCCGCGUGCAUGAUCCCUGGGGUCCCCAGCGGUGGGACUCCCGCGAUCAAGCAUCUUAUCCCCUAACCUUUGGAUAGGUGAAAAGAUGUGUAAGCACCGGAGAACCCCUUUAAGAAGAGGAGGCACACUUCUUAAACCUUGGCCUAUAUGGAAGAUUUUUAGAUCUUAUACAAUUGCUGUUGAUUGUUCUGAUACAACUGAUCAUUUCAAACGUAACUAAGUGCAAUAUAUGUCCAUACUGCAUAUCCACUGACAUUUCAAGCCAUGCCCUGUUCUAUUUAGAAAGGGCCCUUUUCAAGCAAAUGGGAACAACCCCUUCCUCAUUGAAGACUGUUGCGUCACACUUUUGGUAGCUAUGAUACUGUAUAUUUCUGCUUCUAAUAACCUCAGGUCCUUUAUAAAACAAUUCCACCAAAUAUUCUAAUGCAACAGCUAAAUCUAAUCCUCUGCUGUGAAUGUAAACCUACUGAUCAAGGGGGAUUGUUCUUUAAUGUUUUUAUCUGAGAAGCAAUAAAUAAUGUUUAUACUUCUUUGUAUUGUAUCUCGUGCCGUAAAACAACUUGAUAUCAUUUAAUGGUCGUAUAAAAUACAAAAGUUAAGUAAAUGUUUAAAUAGUCUUUAUUAAAAAUGUUGUUUUGUAUAAACAGCUCCUAUGCAGCUCACUGGUUACAGAGUUUAUUUGUAGUCAGUAAACACAAAGACACAUAGGUCUUCAGAUGUAUACAUAAAACAAAAUAUAUAUUUUUCUUAAGACUAAUUUCAAAGUUGUUGUUUUUUUUUUUUUUUUUUUUAAAGAAAUG